AUGAGAAAAGCUCUCUUGCGGCGCAUUUUUAAGGAUUUUUUUGUUAAUUAUUUGAAUCAGCAAGAAAGUUACCGUCUAAUCCAUCUCGUUUAAGGUAAGGGCGUAAGUUAACCCUCCGGAAGUACUGGAAAGUGAUUAUUUAUUAUGUUCAUAUAUUUCCUUCUGUAUCACAGCCAUGUUGAAGUAGUGUUGAUUUUACUAAGUUUUCGUCAGUUAUCGUUGUAAGAAGUUGUUCACAAGUAAAUGUGACAGACCCAAGUUUCGUUUGUGUUGUGAUUAUAAAGUUGAAAAGUCUUUGCAAUAUGAAAAGUGUUCUAAAGUGCCACCGAUUCUGGCGUCGAGGCGUCAUCUGCAAGGAAUGGAUUCUGAAGACUCUCGAGAUGGUAGUGGGGAAGCCCAAUCAUCUUCGAGUAGUAGCAGUUCCAGUUCAAGAAGUAGACGAAGUUCUUCUUCAGAUAGAAGUGAAAGCUCUAAAAAAGGUCCAAAGUCACCUCCCAAAUCGCCACCAUCGCCGAGAUCCAAUGGACCCCGCUCUCCUUCCCCAGAAAGUAGAUCGCCAUCACCAUCUAUGCGAUCCACGUCCAAACCACCGCAAUCUCCCGGCAACUUGAGCGGUGCUCAUUCAGACAUUAACUCCCCUGAGAAUUCCAUGCCAGCAUCACCAGCUGCCCCAAAAUCUCCUGAUGCUCCAAAAUCCCCAAGUGACGUAGGUUCAAAUAUUGGCUCACCGGAGAGGCCUCAUGACUACACAUCUCCUCCUCCAACUGGUGGAGGCCCCAAAUCUCCUCGCAGCCCUGCCAGUUCUGCCCCUGGCUCACCUGUCAAUACGUCCCGUCCUGUAUCCCCUGAUUCUGUAUCACAACCCACACAGCCUUUAAGGAAGAGAGAGCCUCGGACACCAUCGUCUAGUCCAUCACCAGAUAGGUCAUCGGUGAGAUCAUCACCUCGUAGAUCUCCAGUAGCUAAUAAAAAUGCCUGGAGUCCAAAAGAUAAAUGGAGGAGGCAUACCAAAGCAGAGCAGAAGAUGGUUUCAAUGCCUCGAGCACGUAGUAGGUCAGAGUCAAGUCAAUCAAGUAGGAGUUCUUCGUACAACAAGCGUGCUAGUACAAAGGAUCCUGCUACUGAAGAAAUUUCUGAUGGUGAGAUGGAAUCUGAUCAAGAUGACAGAAAAUCUCAGAGUAAAUCAGUUGCAAGUGAAAAGAAUGAGGGGAAGGAUCUUAAUAUUAGUCAUGAAGACCUCUCUGAUGUAUCAGAUUUGGAUUCUGUAGGACCAGACGAUUCAGAAAAGGAACCAAAGCGAAAAUUACCUCAAUCAUCACCUGAAAGAAAGUCAGAUAGUAGAAAUAAUAUAAAUGGAAAUGCAAACAAUAAAACCAGUACACAAUCAUCUCCUAAAUCUGAUAGUGGGAGUGUAAAACUGGAUCAUCCAAAACUGGAAAAAGUGCCUCAAGAAAAAACAAGUAAUACAGAAGAUGGGGAGGAACAACUAGACUUUGAAGCAGAGGAAGGAGAAUGUAUAGAGCCCAAACAGAAUGAGCAGCCAAAUGGAGAUGCAAGUGCUAAAGGAUCUGAAAGAGAAGAAAUAAAAGCCGGUCGCAGAUCGCGCGGCUCCUCGCUGGAAGAGGGCGAAGUCUCGGACGAGGCGGAGCGGCGCCCCGAGGAGAGCGAGCCGCGCCCCGUGUGCCGAUUCUUCUCAAGGGGCGCCUGUACUUGGGGCGUCAGCUGCAGCGUUUGGUUAGAAUACAGCCGGGACAGGUCAAGCUUCUCGCUGGAAGAGGGCGAAGUCUCGGACGAGGCGGAGCGGCGCCCCGAGGAGAGCGAGCCGCGCCCCGUGUGCCGAUUCUUCUCAAGGGGCGCCUGUACUUGGGGCGUCAGCUGCAGAUUCCUCCACCCGGGCGUGACGGACAAAGGCAACUACAACAUGUUCGACGUGGUCCGCGGCGUGCCGGCCAGCGGGCCCUACCCCGCCGCGCCGCCACGAGACGUGGCCCCGCCCGAGUCAGCCUGGGAGCGCGGCCUGCGGACAGCUAAAGAGAUGCUCCGGAUAGCGAACAAGCGUAAAGAGCAAGACAUGGACUUCGAGGAGAAGAAGCUCCAUCUAUCAGUGGGCGGCGUGGUGCAUGACCCUGAUGCGGAGCUGGCGUACGCAGCCGCUGCCGUGGGAGCCUCGCCGCCGCGUGCUCACGACGCCGCGCAUAGGGACCCUGAUGUGUAUAGGGCAUACGGCGCGCCGCCGAUGUACCGCGGCCGGUACCCGCGGCCGGCGGACGAGCGCGAGCGUUACUACGAGCACGAGCGAGGCUACGAGCGCGAGCGCGCGUACGAGCGCCCGCCGCACUACGACGAGCGCGCGCAAAUGCAGGACCCCAAUGCAUAUCACAAGAGACGUCUGCGCUCCUCCCGCGAAGUGAUAGUCCAACGGGCCGAAGUAGAGCGACGGGAAGGUCGCGAGCCGCGAGACACUCGCGAGGGGAGAGAGGGGCGAGACGGGCGCGGGCGGGAGGGCCGCGGCGACGAGUGGGCCGACCCGUGGAUGCGGCAGGAGCCCGCCGCGCGACGACGUCGCCCGCCCUCCUCUGAUGAUUCGUACUCGUCUACAAGCUCCCGAAGUUCGAGGUCUCCCGGAGCACGACGCAAGCGAAGGGCAUCCUCUUCGUCGAGACAGAGACUGUCGCCAUCGGUGAUAGUGCGCGAGCGGCGCAUGGCGUCUGCGCGCGCGACUGCUAUGAAUCCGCCCGCGCCGCGACGUCGCGCGCCCUCGCCCGCUGCUGCGAGGCAGCUGUCUGCUAACCCACCGCCACCUGCCUCACAUAGGCAUAAGAAUGAAGUGGAUCCAUACGGACGUAGCAAAGCAUCCAGCCGAAAUAGAGAUAGGAAGAAAUACUCAAGGUCAUCAUCAUCAGGUUCAGAAUCAUCGUCAUCGUCGAGCGAGUCCGAGAGCGAAUCGCACUCGUCGUCAUCGUCUGGCAGUUCGGGAGCAAGGCGAGCGCGGCACGCGAGGCUUCUGAAUGCUGCCGCUAGACCUAGAUUAAAUGCGAAAGCAAGUGCUGCUGGGUUAGCUGCUGCAGUCUCGACAGUCACAAGUAAAAACGAAGCAGUUGAUGAUAAAGAUAUUUCUGGCAAGAAACGAGGAGCCACUUCGCCAAUAAACCCAGCGCCGGCUAAGAAAUCGGUGUCGAGAAGAGAAGAACUGCUCAAACAACUCAAAGCUGUAGAAGACGCAAUAGCGAGAAAGCGAUCAAAGAUAUAACAUUUCGCUUCAGAAAGUAAUUUGUGUGUAAUCCAAAAUAAACUGAUGACUAUUUACAUAGUCUUAUGGCUACAAGACCCAAUAGGUCUUCCAUAUUCAAUUAAACUCACGGCUGCUAGUUUACUCAGUCGGGAAGGCUUCUUGUCACGUAGAAUCGAGGUCGUACAAAUAAGCAUUUAAGUUGUAAAUACAUGGACAUGUUAAAAAUUUGAUCUGGAUCCAAUAUUUAAUAAGCAUCGCUUAUAAUAUGAAUGAAUUGUGCCUAUCAUGGUUAUUUUUACAUCUAUAAUUUUGUAUACGAUAGUUUGACUUACAGUAAUACAUAUACUAACACCAAUUUACAUAGACUGGAAAAUAUUUUUGGUAUUGUUUGUUCAUCACAAUGUACGGAAUAGAACCUAGGUUGUAGGUUUUAUGGUGGAUUGACAAUUAGAAAUGUAAUAUUCAUGUGCAAAAUGAAUAAUAAACGCAUUAUUUUGUAGAA